AUGAGCGGCCCACCUAGUCCAUCCCCAACCCGAUGGUUCAAAGCCCUCCGCAGGACGAGGCUGGGAGAACCCUGUUUGAGGACAUACCCUCUGGAGUGUGUGGAUCUGCUGAGAAGGGCAAGAAUUGCCUUUCAGGCUGGACGGACCCUGAAGGAAAGUUUCAGAUUGGCCCAGCUGGAGGCUGUGGUGCGGAUGCUGGAAGAGCAUGAGUGUGACUUUGUGGAUGCUCUUGGAAGGGACCUUCAUAAGCCGCGGUUUGAAACGGUCGUGUUUGAACUGAUCAUGGUCAAGAAUGAGGCGCUUCACGCAAUCAGCAACCUGAAGAAAUGGAUGGAACCUCAGUCUGUGGAAAAGAAUCUGUCCACCAGCUUGGACGAGUGUUUGGUGAUCAAUGAGCCCCUGGGUGUGGUGUUCAUCAUGGGGACCUGGUGCAGUCCUGUCCAGAUGUGCUUGGUGCCUCUGGUUGGAGCCAUUGCAGCUGGAAACUGUGCCCUCAUCGGCCCUUCUGAGCACACCGUGCACACAGCAGAGCUUCUGCAUCGUCUUAUUCCUUUCUACUUGGAUAAUGAAUGCUUCCAUGUGAUUCUUGCAGGCAUCAGUGACUUGCCUGAGAUUGUGGAGCUUAAAUUUGACCACGUAUUUUUCACAGGAAACGGAGAGGAUGGAAGCAGGAUUGCUGUGGCUGCAGCCCGCACUCUCACUCCCGUCACCCUGAUCCUGGGAGGAAAGAACCCGUGCUACGUGGACCAGCACUGUGACAUCACCACCACCGUGCAGCGAAUUGCAUGGGCGCGUUUUCACAACGCGGGUCAGAGCAUCAUGGCCCCCAGCUACAUCCUCUGCCACACAGAUGUUAAGGCGCGGCUGGCGCAGGCCCUGAAAUGCUGCCUGAUGCAGUUCUACGGCCCCGACCCGAGAGAAUCCCGCAGCUUUGGUCGCAUGGUCAACCUGGAGAUCUUCAACCGUACUCGAGAGCUGCUGUGGAGAUCUGGGAAGGUGGUUGUUGGUGGGCAGGUGACGGAGGGAGAGAAGUACAUUGCCCCAACAGUUCUGGUAGAAGUGGCAGAAUCGGACCCCAUCAUGCAACAGGAGGUCUUCGGCCCGGUUCUCCCAAUACUCACUGUAAAUGACGUGGAUGAAGCCAUUGCUUUUAUUAAUAAGCAAGAGAAGCCCCUCUGUGUGUAUGCAUAUUCCACCAACAAUAAGAUCAUUUCCAGACUCAUGAGUGAGACCUCCAGUGGAAGCUUCUGCUCUAAUGACUGCAUCUUUCAGAGCCUGAUGGUGGCUUUGCCAUUUGGUGGAGUGGGCGCCUGUGGAAUGGGGUCCUUCCAUGGUCGCUACAGCUUCGAUACGUUCUCACACAGAAAAGCGUGCUUGCUUAGAGGGACGCGGUUUGAGUGUGUCACGUAUCUGCGCUACCCACCCUAUGAAGACCGCAAUCUGUCUCUAAUGACGUGGGCUUGUACGCUGUCCCAGAAGAGCCAGGGCUGGUGCCAGAUCAUGUGAAUGUCUCAAAUACUCUUA